GGGGUCACAAAAUCUUGAAUACUGGUAUUGCUAGAGGACAGAUAUCACAUACAGAGAAUCCGAGUCGAGUCACGAGUCAAAAGGGUCUUUAGAGCAUGUGCAUGCCCUUCAAAUCUAUAAAUAGCUACUCUUCUUAGCUUCCAUUUGCUCAUCAUCCCUCAAAUCAAUCUCUACUUUUUCAUUAAUUAGCUUGCUUUGUUCAUCUUUAGUUCUUUAAAGCACAGAGAAGAACUCACUUCUGUUUCUUUUGUGAACAAAGAUGGUUGAAAAUACUGCAGCAAAGACCCAUUCCCACCAAGUUUUCGAUGUUUCCAUUGACAUCCAUGCACAAACUGGCUCCAUGUGUCUCGACGACGAUGGUCGUCUUAAGCGAACCGGGAAUAUGUGGACUGCAAGUGCCCACAUCAUAACGGCGGUGAUUGGGUCUGGGGUUCUGUCUCUGGCCUGGGCCAUAGCUCAGCUUGGAUGGGUUGCUGGUCCAGCGGUUAUGUUCUUGUUCUCUUUGGUUACUUACUAUACUUCGACUCUGCUCUCUGCCUGCUACCGUUCUGGUGAUCCUCUCACUGGCAAGAGAAAUUACACUUACAUGGACGCUGUUCGAUCCAAUCUUGGUGGGGCUAAGGUCAAGAUUUGUGGAUUUGUUCAGUAUCUUAAUCUCUUUGGAGUUGCCAUUGGUUACACAAUUGCAUCAUCCAUAAGCAUGAUGGCUGUUAAGAGGUCUAAUUGUUUCCACAAGAGUGGGGGCAAAAAUCCUUGCCGUAUGAAUGCUAAUCCUUACAUGAUUGCUUUUGGGAUCACAGAAAUUAUUUUCUCUCAAAUUCCUGAUUUUGAUCAACUAUGGUGGCUCUCCAUUGCUGCCGCUGUUAUGUCCUUCACUUACUCCACUAUUGGUCUCGGACUCGGCAUUGCUAAAGUUGUAGAGAAUGGGAAAUUCAUGGGAAGCUUAACAGGAAUCAGCAUCGACACUGUGAGCCAAACCCAGAAGAUAUGGAGAAGUUUUCAAGCACUUGGAGACAUAGCUUUUGCUUAUUCCUACUCCAUCAUCCUCAUUGAAAUUCAAGACACAGUCAAAUCUCCACCAUCAGAAUCCAAGACGAUGAAGAAAGCAACUCUAAUAAGCGUAGCAGUGACAACACUUUUCUACAUGCUCUGCGGUUGCUUUGGCUACGCAGCUUUUGGAGACAUGUCGCCUGGAAAUCUCCUCACAGGCUUCGGCUUUUAUAACCCAUAUUGGCUCCUAGACAUUGCCAAUAUCGCCAUAGUAAUCCACCUCAUCGGCGCAUAUCAAGUCUACUGCCAACCCCUCUUUGCUUUCAUUGAAAAAGCAGCAGCACGAAGAUUCCCAGACAGUGACUUCAUUACCAAAGAAAUCAAAAUCCCAAUUCCUGGCUCCAGUUCCUACAAGCUUAACCUCUUUAGAUUGGUCUGGAGGACAGCUUUUGUGAUUCUGACAACUCUGAUCUCCAUGCUCCUUCCUUUCUUCAAUGACAUAGUUGGUCUUCUCGGAGCUUUAGGAUUCUGGCCGUUAACUGUUUAUUUCCCAGUUGAGAUGUACAUAUCGCAAAAGAAGAUACCAAAGUGGAGUACGAGAUGGAUCUGCCUCCAAAUCCUGAGUGGUGCUUGCCUUAUAAUCACCAUAGCUGCAGCCGCUGGCUCCAUUGCUGGAGUUGUUGGUGAUCUUAAAUCUGUCAAGCCAUUUCAGACCUCUUACUGAAUCAGUAGAUUUGGGCUGUCAUGUCACUCAUCCAUAGGGCUUAAAGAUUAAGAAUUCGGAGCCUGUUUACGUGUCUUGAUCUAAUGCAAAUGUAUGAAAAUUUCAUUUUUUAUCUUUAAGAAUUUGCAAGUGUAACACGUGUGCAUAUUCACAUGCAAAUUAAUGUUGAAUGUUUCAUAUUUUCACCGUUA